CCCAGCCCGGGCCCAGCUUCCAGGCCGCCAGGAUGGACGUGUUCAUGAAGGGCCUGUCCAUGGCCAAGGAGGGCGUCGUGGCCGCCGCGGAAAAAACCAAGCAGGGGGUCACCGAGGCCGCGGAGAAGACCAAGGAGGGCGUCCUCUACGUCGGAAGCAAGACUCGAGAGGGGGUGGUGCAAGGAGUGGCUUCAGUGGCUGAAAAAACCAAGGAGCAGGCGUCCCAUCUGGGAGGAGCUGUGUUCUCCGGGGCUGGGAACAUUGCCGCAGCCACGGGCCUGGUGAAGAAGGAGGAAUUCCCCGCUGAUCUGAAGCCAGAGGAAGUGGCCCAGGAAGCUGCUGAGGAGCCACUGAUCGAGCCCCUGAUGGAGCCAGAAGGCGAGAGUUAUGAGGAACCGCCCCAGGAGGAGUAUCAGGAGUAUGAGCCAGAGGCGUAAGGGCCCAGGACGGCCCCCCACCAGCAGCACAAUCCCUUCCCUAUCCCCUGCCCCAUCCCCCAGAACCAGGGCUGUCCUUCUACCCCUGACCCCCAAACACAAGAUCUUCCUUUGCUCCAAGGGGCCCCCUUGGAGCCUGUGUUGGUGUCUGUCCAUCUGUCUGUCCUACCCGCCCGCGUGGAUCCCUGGGGCCUGGACAGGGCCGGGGCUGCAGCCGUGGCUGGUAGCUUCGCCCCACCUAUGUUGCCUCCUCCCCACCCUACCCCGUCCAAUGUCUGCGCGGAUGUAGCAUGUUCUAUGUAUUUUUAAAAGAAGAUCAGAAAGCAACGGCUCCCCCACACACUCCCAACAGAGGCUCUCUGAGGGUCCUCUGGGCAGCCCCAGAGUCUCCCACCCCACUCCCACAACGACCCCAAGAACCUUUUUUUUAGCCAAACCAGGAGCCAGGCUGUGCCACGCCCCCUCCCUCAGCCAGCCCAGUCAGAACGCGGGCGUCGUGUGUCGUGAUUGUGGCAUGGAGAGUUCCCCAACCCCCGUGUGAGCGUGUCCUGGGUGGGCGGGCCCGGGUGCCUCCCCGCUCCGCGUGUCCACGAAUAAAGCCAAUCUGUCUGUA